GCGCCAGCCAGGCUGGGUUGUGCGCGAUAACGGAAUACUGGCCAUACAAAUACCACGACACCGAUAAAUACUUUUUAAAAGAAAAUACGAAUGACAUCGCGCUUUUCGAAUUUCAAUUGUUUAUGAUAAUUGUUAGUUCGGAAAUUAAAUUUUAGUGCAAAUUGUGCAUAGACAUAUGCAAGAUUUUGUGACUUUUUCCAUGAGAUUGUUUUUCGUGUUUCUUUGAAAAAAAUAAUUUCAGGAAAAGAAGCCUAUCCACAAUGGAUUUGGAGUUCCGAAACCUUUCGUACACUGUGUACAGCCGCAUAACAAAAGGAGAUCAGAAACAUAUUGUAAAAGGUGUGAGUGGUAGAUUCCUGUCGGGACAGCUUGUAGCCAUCAUGGGUCCCUCAGGUGCCGGUAAAAGUUCACUGCUAAACGCUAUAUCAGGAUACAGAUCAGCUGGCGUCACAGGCGAGCUGCUGGUGAAUGGGCAGGUGCGAGACGAGCAGCUGUUCCAGAGGUCUUCGUGUUACAUCACGCAAGAAGACCUGCUGCAGCCCUACCUCUCAGUGCGAGAGGCGAUGGACGUUGCCGCUAGCCUCAAGCUAUCGAAAGGCACGACGGCACACGCUGAGGAAAUACUGCAAGAGUUAGGGCUGCUGGAGCAUCAGCACACGAAGACUGAUCAGUUAUCAGGGGGACAAAAGAAACGGUUGUCGAUAGCCCUGGAGUUGGUGAAUAAUCCCCCAGUGUUCUUCUUGGACGAGCCAACUAGCGGACUAGACACCGUGACUACAGUCCAGUGCGUGAAACUAUUGCGACAGCUCGCUAGACAAGGCAGAACAGUUGUGUGUACUAUACACCAACCAUCUGCCUCACUACUCGAACUUUUUGAUCAGGUAUAUGUGAUUGCUAAUGGACUCUGCAUAUACCAGGGCGACACAGAAGCAAUGGUCCCACAUCUAGAGAGUGCGGGAUUACCGUGUCCAAGACAUUACAAUCCAGCUGAUUUCAUUAUCGAAGUCACAGAAAAUCCACAAAACAUAAUAAUGCUAUCUGAACAAAUUCAUAAUGGAAAGUUAUAUAAAUCUUCAAAACUGGAUAUACCACCGAUUGAAGCAUCAAACAAUUUGGAACUCAAAAUUUGCUAUCAAGCUGAAGAUGAAACAAGCGAGACAGAGAUCGUGUUAUCCAAUCAAAAGUGUACGUACAAAGUGAAUCAAUAUGAAGUUAGAAACUCUAUGACGUCAUUAUCUAGUCAAGUAUCAAGGGACAACUCGUCACUAGCCUGGAUGAAAAUACAAAAGUCUGAACAGGGAAGAUAUCCAACUACAUGUUUUGAACAGUUUUUUAUACUACUCCGACGGAUGUUGAAACAAAUAUCAAGGAAUCGACAAGCUCUAUGGAUUCAGACAAUACACCAUACGAUGUGCGGCGUGUUGAUAGGACUGUGCUUCUUCGAUAUGGCCAACGACGGCACGCAGAUGUUCAAUCACUUGAAGAUGUGCGUCGGCCUCGUUAUAUUCUUUGCUUAUACGCAGAUCAUGGUCCCAGUCCUAGUCUAUCCACAAGAAGUGAAACUUGUAAAGAAAGAGCAUUUCAACGGCUGGUAUAGUUUGUGUCCGUACUACGCUGCACUGACCGUCUCCAAGUUACCGGUGCAAGUGACAUUGAACAUUGUCUUCUGUACCAUCGUAUACUUUAUGGUCGGUGUGCCGUUUGCUGUGACCAGAUUCAUCUGCUUCUGUCUGAUAGCUAACAUCGUCUCCCUCGCCUCUGAAGGCAUGGGUAUGGCUAUUGGAUCCGUCUUCAACGUACAAAAUGGCUGUGCUAUAGGACCAACAGCGAUAGCUCCGUUCCUUGGUUUGGCAAUCUACGGCUUCGACUUCGCUCAUCGCAUUCCACUGCUCAUGAACAUCCUGAUGAAGACAUCCUUCAUCAGAUGCGGUGUGGUCGCAAUGGUCCUCACAAUAUUCGGCUUCGGUAGAACCCCUCUAGAGUGCAAAGAUAUGUAUUGCCACUUCGCAAAACCUGACGUUUUAUUGAAAUAUCUGGAUAUUGACAAAACCUCAGUCUGGUUUGAAAUGAGCCUAAUAAUCUUGAUUAUGGUGAUUUUUAGGUUAUUAUCCUUUUUCGGUUUAAAAUGGAGAUUUGCAACAUGAUUGUUGCAACGUUUCCAAGUGGCCAGUACAAGCUGAUGUGAUAAAUUAUUGUAAAUCUGUAAGCAUAGGAAUUCUAACCUAAUCAUUACGACUUAGGGUCCUUUAAGAAGCAAGUGAAACUCUCUGGUAUUGCAGAUGUCCAUGAGCAAUGAUUCACUAUUGCUCGUUUGGCUCCUUAAUUAAA